GAGCAUAUGAACGCGCCUGGCUUUUACGUCUCGCUUCCCAGCCGCCGCGCGCGCACCUGCCGCGCGCCGCGCCGAGUGGGCCAUGGGGGGCUCCUUGGCCCCCAACGGCUCCGCAGCUGUCACGCCCAAACUGGACCCUCGGCGAAGCGGCGGCGCUUCUUCUUCUUCCGCCUCCACGGUGAGGUCCGGGCCGGACUACCGCGGCUGCAAGAACGGCGCGCUGAUGGACAGCUUCGGCAUCUUCCUGCAGGGGCUCCUGGGGGUUGUGGCCUUCAGCCUCCUCCUGCUGAAACGCUUCAGAGAACCAAAGCAUGAAAGACGUCCUUGGAGAAUUUGGUUUUUGGAUACUUCCAAACAAGCCAUAGGGAUGAUGUUCAUCCAUUUUGCCAAUGUAUAUUUAUCAGACCUUACUGAAGAGGAUCCCUGUUCACUAUACCUUAUCAAUUUUCUGCUAGACGCUACUUUAGGAAUGCUGGUAAUUUAUGCUGGUGUCCGAGCAGUAAGCAGUGUUGUUGAACGACAGCAGUGGGAAUCUCUUCGUUUUGGUGAAUAUGGUGACCCAUUGCAAUGUCGUGCUUGGGUAGGCCAGUGUGCAUUGUACAUAAUUAUCAUGAUGUUUGAGAAAACGAUCAUAAUUAUAGUCCUCCUAAUACCUCAGUGGAAAGAGAUAGCUUUGUUGAACCCUAUAGAGAAUCCUCAGUUGGAGUUGGCUAUUGUGAUGCUGAUAGUCCCCUUCUUUGUAAAUGCAUUAAUGUUUUGGGUUGUUGAUAACUUCCUUAUGAAGAAAGGAAAGACAAAAGCUAAACUUGAAGAGAAGGAAUCAGGUCAAGAUUCAAGGAAUGGGAGCAAAAUCCGAUACAGGAGAGCAGCAUCACAUGAGGAAUCAGAGUCAGAGAUUCUAAUUUCAGCAGAUGAUGAAAUGGAGGAAUCUGACGUGGAAGAAGAUCUUAGGAGACUGACUAAUUUAAAGUCUGUUAAGAAAAAAAAGCAUCGCUUUGGUCUGCCUGUAUGACAGGCUCUGCAGUCUGGAUACUUGCAAGUUCAUGAGAGAUCUGUCCACCUCAGUGAAUUUUCACUUGGCCAUAGGAUGCUUGUUGCCUCAAGACUGAAUCAAAGGGAAUAUCCAACCAUUGGAAACACUUACCUGUUCAGUUGCACUAUGGAAAAUAUGCAAGAGUCUCUUCUCAGUAUGUGUUCACAAAUUCUUGUCACCACAGUGGUUUAGAUGGAGGGGAGCCUCCAGAACACAGGCAUAGAAAACCAUCAUUUCACUGUGGUUCCUCAGUGACACUCUGAAAGUAAUAGGAGGAUUGACAAACUUUGAAUCAGUAUGUUUUAUCACAAAAAAACCCCAAAUUUUUGCAGUGUACUGCUGAAGCAAAAUAGUUUUACAGUUAGAAAUUAAUGGUACCUAUGGAACUAAUGGGCUGCAAAGGUGUUUUUUUUUCCAGAUCUCUUCUAACCUGUUUAAACUUUUAUAUUUAAGUUAUAUUUUCAUACUGGGAUAUUUAAGGCGUCUCUUUAUCAAAGAAAUUGUACUGUUGCUUAGUGUAUGUGGUUAAAAAGGUCAGAUUUGCAACAAAAAUGGUUUUCCAUUGUCUAUAUCUCAUAAAAAAGGAUAGUGCAGGGACAAAGGGAAGUGGCAUCUGAAUGCUUUCUAGAAUGAGGUGGCUUUGCUCUGAAGAGAAACUGAAGCGAAGAACAAUGAAGUGGCAGCAGUGAUCACUCUUGAAACGGGUGUGUAUGCUGAGUACUUUAGCAGAAAAGCAACAAAUACAGGGUUUUCCUCUGUAUAUCAACUCAACACUUAACGCUAUUUUGAUAAUAAUGGUUUCUUCAGUAUUUGCAAAUCCUUUGAUCUCACAGCAAAACUAUUCCAAAACUUCAGCAAACAUUCCUUGUCUUCAAAAGCUAAUGAUGUACAGAUAAGAGCAUUUUGCUUCUUCUCAGUGCAGUUCAGCUGGCUGCUUGAGAGUCUAUGAAUUACUAAUGGCUUAUUCUCCAUUUUUCUUUUCUUUUUCUUUUUGUUAAGUCUCAUUUCAGAUGGCUAGGUCAGAGUCAAAGCAUAGUAUAAUGAACAUAUUUGGUGAUUAGUGUUAAUGUCAUUAUGGCUACCCUAGAGUUUCUGGGAAGUGUCUCUUUUGAUGAAGUACUUGUAGGCCUGUUGUUAAUUGGGAUGUCUGAUAGCCCAGUUCAUUACUACUUGCAGUGAUGGCUAGUGCCUGUUGGUUUGGUAGGGCAGAAGAAAUAAUAGCCAAUGGUAGGCAGAGCCAGCUAAUUAUAGUUUUGUCCUCAUCCUCAUCUCUUGUGAUGAUGCUAAAAAUAUUCAACAGCUGGACAGCAGUGCAAUUCCUUAAUAUUGACCUGAAAAGAUUAAUGAUAAUAUUUUAUAAGACAAUGGGACAGUUUUGUAUCAAUGUCCUUGGUUCUCUGAUUAUUUCUCCAAUCUAUUAUUUUUUCCAACCAUUCCACUGAGUAUCUAUUCCAGGAAAAGCUUAGGGACAGAGUGGUGCUGUCUAUAUACAGAGAGAAGGAUGUCUUAAUAGCAGUCAUCUUGACAUGUUUUCUUAGUUUUUAAUUAAUUAAAAACUCAUGGCUUUCCCUCUGCUGUGCUCUGCUCUGUUCUGCUUUGCUCUGCUCUGAAAUGGGCAAUGACAAGUAGCAGACAGGCAUAUAGUUCUUCACCUCUCCUUUAAGUUACUAUAAGCCUAGUAGUUAAACUAUUUUUGGAAAUUUGCUGUACCUCUGGGAAUGAGAGAAGCAGUGUUAAGCAGAAUGAGCACAAAUUCUAGAUCGGGGUGGCAAAACUGAUCGUAUCUGGGGCCGUAUUGUGACAUAUUGGGAUUUUUUUGCCUUUGCAGAGCCAGGGUGGGCGUGGCCUGUGUAGGCCGUAUUCGGCCCAUGGACCACCAGUUUGACAGAUCUGUUCUAGAUCUAGAAAUUUGUAACUGUUAUCUUUUUAAGAAUGGUCCCAGAGAUUUCCUUCUACGUUUUGUACUGACUACUUUCCACUGGGUCAGUUUUAUCCUUCCACAUGUUUAUUUUUUGUCCCAAAUACACAAAACCCCAAACCAAGGGCUUUAAAACAUUAUCAAAAUUUCUUUCCUUCCUUAUUUACUGCAUAAUUAUUAUUUUUUAAAUCAAACUAGUGCUGUGCCAAAGCCUGCCUUACAAUUUCUUAUAUAUUUUCUUUCUGUCGUAUUCUCAGGUUACUUGAGAAUUAUUUUCCUUGAUGAUGUUUUUGUUGGAGGUAGGAAAAGCAACUGCUGCUGUUUCCUAUGAUACGUUUUUCUAUCAUUCAUAAGCUUCCCUGGCUACUCACCCUUCCAAAUCUGAAAAAGCAAAUGUGAGGUCAAAAAUUGAACAGAUUGUUAUAUAGUUAAAGAUGAGAUGUUCAAAUACAACCCUUGGCCAUCAAAAAUAAUGCAAGAACACUAUACCACAUCCCUUAGAAUCUCUCUGAAAUUGCUUUUUGGAAUACAUGUUAAUAAUUAAUUUUAAUGUAAUAAAUUUUUAAAUUCUUCAGUUAGCAAUAGAAAUAAAAUUGCAGGAUUUUUUUUCUAAAUGACUGACAUAAACACUGUCUGCCAAAUCCUUUACAUAUCUAGAGUUCACAUUGUAACCAUGCAAACUUUCACUGAAAAACUUAAGUACUUGAUAUCUUCUUCCCUAACCUUAUUUGUUCAAAAGACAAAUCAACAAUUUCUCCACUUGCACCCCUGAAUUCCAAGUGUAUUUCCCCUCAAUAACUGUUAUAACAGGACCCUUCCAAGAAGAAAGAAACUGCUCCUGGUGUAACAAUCUAAACAAAACUAUACUGUGCACACUUCUACAGUUAGUCUGGAUUAAAUUACAAGGAUCUUGCCCUGGCACUAGCAUGUAUUUCAAAACACUAUUAGCAACCAUUGACUGGUUAAUAGGUUCUAUAUCUUUCCAUCUUCUCUCUCUGCCUCUUCUUUUCAGAUUUAUUGCAUUUCUAGGCUGCCCAUCUCUGGAAUGAAUUUGAGCAGUUUUCCUGAUUUUUUUUACACACACACACACACACACACACCCCUACCGCAUUUUCUUGAAAAGAGGGGCUUCCUUUCUUUUUACCCUCUUCUCUAGCCCUUGUAAGUUGUGUCCUGAACGCUACAAAUUCAAUGCCAAGAGGAGCAAGAUGGCUAAUCUUUUGUAAGUUGUGGGGUGGCAAGGCCUGACUGGGGGCAGGUAACCAAGUUACAGAAGUGCCUCAUGAGCCUUCAGGGGCCAGCCCCCAUUGAUUGUUUGACUGUUUUCCAUGCUCAUUUCAAUCAAACAGCAAGAGAUGUCGGGAGAAAAAAAAAUCAAAUUAAUACUUCAGAGAAAGAGAGGUUGUAUUUUGAGCCUUAAGCAUAUUCAUUGAUAGGAGUGCAGAUCUUUUCCAAGGCAUUUUGUAUGGUUUUUCUAUGAAUACUUUGUUUAGGAGAGGACAAGCUAAAGAGGAUCCUAGCUUUCAGAAAGAUCAUUGGGCUUAGGAUGCAAAAGUGGAUUCUGCAGUUUUGAGUGGGGUUCUUGUUUUUCUUUUUUAUUGACUAGUGGUAAUUCUAAGGUGAAGAGUGCCUACUACUCUUAGGGAAUGUUCUCAAGGUUCUGUCUUAGAGAAGGACAGACCAGAAAGUAUUGUCUUAUUCUACAGUAUAGUUCCAAGACAUUCCUUUUUUGUGUUUAGAUGAAAAGAAAACCCAAUUAUUUAUUUGAGUAUUACACUAAAAGAAGCUCCUAUAAAGUGAUAGGGCAGUGCCCAUGAUUAAUAUUGCUUCCAACCAUACUGUUUUUUUAUGUUUUUACUAUAUAAUUCUAAUACUAUAAAUCACUGUUUGUCAACCAUGAAAUUUAUAAGCAGGUUUUAUUGUACCAAUUCAUUAAGUAGACAGCAGCAUGGUCCUCUUAAUUGUAUGGCAGAAUGAAAACUCAGAAAAAUGGAAUCUUUUAAAGAGAUAACGAAACAAUGCCAAACACCUGUUGUUUUCUGUUUGCCUUAUUAAUUUCAAUAGUGUGUGUCUAAAUGCAAAAACUUUCUUCAUUUUAUCCAGUGACUUCUAUUGUGUACGGACUACUUUUAACAGUUGGGAUAGUAUGUUGCUGUUGGGGGGUGGGGGGUUCUAAAACACCAAACCCAAAGCCUUAAAUGUGUUUAAAUAGUCCACAUUAAACAGAGUUCACGUUUACUGUUUUAUGUUGAAUGGCAUUGCCCAGCAGCCUAAUUUGAAGCUCAAAAGAAGGAAUAGUGUUCUUCUUAAGAAUGAUUCUUUCCAUGUUUUUUUUUUUUUUUGUAAAAUAAUGUUUAUCUUUUUCUAAUGAGUCUGAGAUUCAGGCCUUUCUACACUUAGAAAAUUGUAAUAGAAUGUUGAAUUUGCUGGAGCAAAAUGGUAGCCUUCCCAUUUCUAAAUGACUAAAAAACAAAAAUGAAAUGAUCAAGAUUAGCAUCCCUCAUGAAAUCAAGACUUCUGAUAUCUAACAGAAUUGUUUCAGAAAUCCUUUGGCCUUUAAUGCAGCCUUCAUUUUUUGACUUCAGUGUUUUAAUGUCUCCCGACUACCCUUAAGUAAAAAGUAAAAUGUCCUUUACAAAUGUUGCUAGUGAAACGUGCGCUAAGUUUCUCUUCAGGGAAAAGACCUCAAACUCGUUGAAUUGUGAACUAAACUAAAACAAUGCAAAAUGUCCCAGAGCCAUUCUUUCACAAGCAGGUGCUUAGGGUUUCCCAUUAAGCCUUGCUGGAAAAGAAGGGGGCAGGACAGGAAUGUGCAGCCUUAUAUUUUCUUCUUCACAAGUUGGGUUUUUGUGCAUAGCAAAUUGCAGAUUUUAGCUUUAACGAAAAGGACAAUAAUGGCAAGCACACAGAUUCAGCCACAUUGAUCAUAGGAAACUGGCAAUGUAUCAGAAUGGUUAAUGUUCAGUAAAUGAUGGGGAAAUUGUGGUUUUAGAUAUAGAAACAUCUUGAAUCUUUUCUUUUUUACUUAAAGGGGUGUUCCAAAUUGAUGUGUCUAUAAAUGGGAAAAUUUGGGAGAAUGAAACUUGGAAGCCAGGAGAUGUUCCUCACUGCAAGUAGGGGUCAGAACCGUGAUUUUACAGUUCUACCCUUUUCCAAGGCUAUCUCCAUAGUUGUCCCAUGAAACAACUUUUUAGAAAGCACAAGGCAAAAGGAGGGAGAAAAAGAACUGGAUCCAGCCAUUGCUAAUUAAUACACAAUGUUCUUUUGAGGAUUCAAAAUGAAAAUGAAUGUCAGCUCUACAGCAUUAAAAAGGAAACCAUAAGGCCCACCAGAUCAUAAUUUUACUGUUGGUAUUUUAUGAAAAUGGAAAGCAUAUGUGUUGGACCUAAAUAAUGGUUUACAA